AUGCGUGAUCGCAGUGGUAUGGUGAAUAUUAUGCAUGAUCGCAGUGGUAUGGUGAAUAUUAUGCAUGAUCGCAGUGGUAUGGUGAAUACUAUGCAUGAUCGCAGUGGUAUGGUGAAUACUAUGCACGAUUGCAGUGAUACGGUGACUCGUGCAUCUGGUACUACUGGCUCCCUUCCCGUCGAUGGCGCAGAAGCGAACAAUGCUAACGUUGCCAGUCAAGUACGGGCUAGUAUAGCUGAUGAAACCCGUAGUGAAGAAACACAAGACGAGACUUUGAAUGAGAAAUUGUCCCUUACUAAAGAAGGAAAGCUAACGAUUGGAGACGAUGUCCAGUUGUCUCCAGACGAGAGCAGCGCCAUUGCCGCGGCCAUGUGCGGGUGGGCGCCACCGGUCGCGCACGUACCCGACUACUUGAAAAACAUGAACGACAAAGAGCUGCUCAGCACUUUAUUCAAGGACGCAUGAGGCUAGAGGUUAGCGUUGAUGGCAUAAGGCCAACAUCAGAACCACGCUCUUGAUGUAUUGUCAUGGCUGAAGAUUGUACUUCCCACUCACCUCCUGAGACCAAUCUGAAGUAUCAGUUCCGCACGAUUUGAAGACGUUUAGUAUGGAUCGAGGCAGCUUCUUCCGCUUCACGGGCUGUUCGCACCAUGGAGGGCACAGUCGAAGGGAUUACUAUAUGGGACAGCAGGCGCAUGGUUGCUACGAUAUCCAGGUUGUGUACCGCCUAGUACCUAAUCAGUCAAUAGGCCUACCGUGCAAGUAGUGUAGUGUGUCAUACUGGAAACCCUAUUUUAUGAUUGCAGGGGGUGCGCAAUACACAAGCACAAUAAAGUCAUGAUACAAAAGGC